AAAAAAAAAAAUAGAUAGAGAGAUAUGAGCCGAGCUGUUUUAGCCAUUGGCAUCACCACCUGUAAUUUCUAAGGCUGUUAUUAACGUCCAGUUGCGUUGAAGGACGUUAGUAGGACUCAUUUCAGUGGCGAUUGACUACUAACCAAUGUCGUCCUGGACGCAAUCUCUCCAUCUUCUUCUUCCUUCCAUCCAACCCCAAUCGCCCCUUGGUUAUCAUAGACACCCUCCUCAACCCAUCACCACCAUUACCACCAACGUUUCCACGGCUUCAACAAUUACUACUACUACUACAUACAAAGGAUUUGGGAAAACCUCGUCAAAACCAAAGUCAGAAUCACGGUCGGCUGCCUCAUGGGUCGAAGGUCUACGGUUACACGCCAGGUCGAAUAAUUUCGGAGAUGCCAUCUCCACUUAUAUCGAUAUGAUAACUGCAGGUAUUGAACCCGAUAACUUUGCAUUUCCUGCAAUUCUCAAGGCGGCUACCGGUCUUCAUGACUUGAAUUUCGGCAGGCAGGUUCAUGCUGCCACGGUUAAAUCAGGGUACAUCCGGUCGUCAGUUACAGUUGCCAACACUCUUGUGAAUUUGUAUGGUAAAUGCGGUGGGGAUAUGGAAGAUGCACUCAAGGUGUUCGAUAGAAUUCCUCUAAAAGACCAGGUUUCUUGGAAUUCUAUGAUAGCUGCUUUAUGUGGAUUUGAAGAAUGGGAGCUUGCAUUAGAGUCGUUUAGGAGAAUGUUAUUUGAGGGAAUUGAGGCUAGUUCAUUUACUUUGGUCAGUCUAGCACUUGCUUGUUCUAAUUUAUCUAAUCCGGGGGAAGCUUUGUUGUUGGGGAAGCAAAUUCAUGGGUAUAGUUUGAGAGUUUAUGACAAUAAAACAUUCACUACUAACGCUUUAAUGUCCAUGUAUGCUAAACUAGGAAGAAUCGACGAUUCCAAAUCAAUGCUCGUGUCUUUCGAGAAUCGCGACAUGGUUACGUGGAAUACCAUGAUUAGCUCUUUGUCGCAGACAAACAGGUUUCCCGAGGCAAUGUCAUUCUUUCGACUCAUGAUUAAGGAAGGACUUAAGCCCGACGGUGUCACCAUAUCGAGUGUUCUCCCCGCGUGUUCUCACAUGGAGCUUAUCGAUCCCGGUAGGGAGAUACACGCUUACGUUGUAAGAAACGACGGUUUGAUUCACAAUUCCUUUGUUGGUAGUGCAUUGGUCGAUAUGUACUGCAACUGUCGACACGUCGAAUCCGGCCGUAGAGUUUUUGAUGGCAUAUUUGAUCGUAGGCUAGCUCUUUGGAAUGCCAUGCUUGCGGGUUAUGCUCAAAACGCGUUGAAUUGGGAUGCGUUGACGUUGUUCCUAGAGCUGUUGAAGGAAACGAACCUCGUUCCGAAUCCCACCACAAUGUCGAGCAUCGUACCCGCUUGUGUGGAUUGUGAGGCAUUUAUCCGGAAAGAAGCGAUCCAUGCGUACGUGAUGAAACUAGGAUUUGGGACGGAUUUGUAUGUGCAAAACGCGUUGAUCGAUUUGUACUCGAGGAUGGGGAGGAUUGAAGUAUCGAAGCACAUAUUCAAGGGGAUGCAAACUAAAGACGUGGUUUCGUGGAACUCGAUGAUCACGGGCUACGUGGUUUGCGGGCAUCACGAAAACGCCCUCACCACGUUGCAUCGAAUGUGUAACAACGACAGGGAGAAUUGCUCGUCUAAAAAGCCAAACAAUAUUACGUUAAUAACGAUCCUUCCCGGUUGCGCGGAGCUUUCCGCUUUAGCAAAGGGGAAGGAGAUUCACGCCUACGCCGUCAGAAAUGGGCUCAUUCACGAUGUUGCGGUCGGGAGUGCUUUGGCCGACAUGUACUCGAAAUGCGGUUGCUUGGAGUUAUGUACUCGAGUUUUCGACGGAAUGUCAUUCAGAAACGUCGUGACGUGGAACGUUUUAAUAAUGGCGCACGGAAUGCAUGGGAAAGGAGACCGGGCUUUAACGCUCUUUGAGCGUAUGUUGGAGGAAGGAGUCACGCCUAACGAAGUCACGUUCAUCACGGUUUUCGCGGGUUGCAGUCAUUCCGGGAUGGUGGACGAAGGCCUAUCCAUUUUCCACAAAAUGAAAGACGAUUUCGGAUUCGAGCCAACGUCUGACCAUUACGCAUGCGUAGUGGACCUGCUCGGUCGAGCAGGUCGACUCCAAGAAGCACAUUCUCUAGUCAUGUCCAUUCCAUGCGAGACAGCCGGUGCUUGGAGUAGCUUGUUGGGUGGUUGUAGAAUCCAUGGAAAUGUCGAAAUUGGUGAAAUCGCAGCCCACAGGCUUCUCCAGAUGGAACCAGAAGUCGCCAGCCAUUACGUUCUUCUAGCUAACAUAUACUCGUCUAACGGACUUUGGGAUAAAGCGACUGAAGUUAGGAAAAAGAUGAAGGAACUAGGGGUUAGGAAAGAACCAGGGUGUAGUUGGAUCGAGUUGGAUGAUGAGGUUCACAAGUUUACAGCCUGCGACGGGUCACAUUCUGAAAUCGAGAAAAUCAGAAGUUUUCUCGAGACCAUGUCGGAAAAGAUGAAGAAGGAAGGGUACGUGCCAGACACUUCUUGUGUGCUGCACAAUGUAGAUGAAGAUGAAAAGGAGAAUAUAUUAUGCGGGCAUAGCGAGAAACUUGCGAUUGCGUUUGGUUUAAUGAAUACACCUGCCGGAAGUACUAUUCGAGUUGCGAAGAACUUGAGAGUUUGUAAUGACUGCCAUUCUGCAACUAAAUACCUGUCCAAGAUAGUUGGAAGAGAGAUCAUUGUUAGGGAUGUAAGGAGGUUCCAUCAUUUCAAGGAUGGAGCUUGUUCAUGUGGAGACUAUUGGUAGAAAUGGUCAAGCAAUACCUGUGUAUUAGUUAUUUGAAGAAAAAGAGACUCAGAUUAAACAAGCUAUAUUGUAUCCGUGUAAUAAUAUACUUGUAUAACUGAAAAUUUAUUGAAACCUUUUGAUCAAAAUCUUGUCAAUAAUUUAUAUAAAUAAAAAGUAUUUACUUAA